ACUGAUUUUAAAGUGAUACUUACAAAUAAAAUCCAUUACAAAUCUUAUUUUUGUUUUGUACCAGCGGUAUUUUACCUGUCUCUGAAAACGUGAACAAAAACAACAAUUUGACCAAAUUAAGAAGGUACAGAUCAGUUGCUAUCACAAUACUAAUUCAUAAUUACUUUGACGACUUCUGGCUUAUAAACUGGUUUGAUUUGGCCAAUACUUUUUUUUACUACUAAUAAAAAAAUCUUCGUAAUAAUUUAAUCCAGAAUAUCCUUUUGACAAUGGGUUACCAUAGAAGACAUGCUCUAGACAAUCUCCUCCACAUUCCGUGGCAGCUCAAAGAUCGCCGACUUUGGCGAGCAGUUUUCGCCGAGUUCUUCGGAACUUUCAUCAUGGUUUUUGUCGGCCUGAUGAACAUUGUCGGCAGCGAGUACGAUUCAGGAAUCGGAGCUGGAAUUGACAAUCUGGUCACGCCUGGACUGACCUUCGCGGCCAUAAUCAUGACUCUGAUUCACAUCAUCGGACCCACUUCGGGGUGUCAUAUAAACCCGGCUGUCACUAUCUCUCUCAUGGCCUGCAGAAGAUGCCACUUCAUCAAGGGACUUCUCUACCUUCCGAUGCAGUUUGCAGGAGGAACAGCUGGAGCGGCCAUGGUCUAUUGGAUCGCACCUGAACCCUGGGUUGAGGAAACCUAUCUGGGCAUGAACAGACUCAAGCCAGGCAUCAACAUGGGCCAAGGUCUGGUUGUGGAGAUAAUCGGGACCAUGAUUCUGGUGCUACUCGUGCUAGUCAUCUCAGAUCCCGACCCAAAGAAGGAUUUCGAGGGAUUCCCGGCGACCUCAGCUGGAUUCAUGGUUCUGGCCUGCGUCUUCUUCAUGGCCCCCUUCACCGGCUGCAGUCUCAACCCCGCACGAUCCUUCGCCCCCGCCAUGAUCAUGCUGGACUUCGCUGACUACCACUGGAUCUACUAUGUAGGUCCAGUAUCCGGGGGACUCAUAGCAGUGGCUCUGUACUAUACCAUGUUCAUCCAGGGUAUCCACCAGUUCGACGACCCCCCGGAAGACAACACCAGCGAAAACCAUGAGCUGCAACCGAAACAGAAAUCGAACGGUUCGAGUGAGGUUCCUUGAAAUGAACCUGCUAAGGAAAAGUCAAACAAUGUCAGAAACUACUACUUACAAAAUAGCGCUACAAUAACAAGAUAUAAACUGCAAAACAGAAACUUCUAUCACAUUACCACAGAUAACUUACAGACAGCAUAAUUUUUAUCAGAGUUUAUUCAACUAAUUGAUCAAUUAUUCAACAUUUUAUCAAAAAUUAUUCAACUAAAUGUUUUGAAGA